CGGGAGCAGAAGGCUUGCCAGGGGGAAUUAUUUGCCUCGCUGACAUCAUGUUGAUGUCAGCAUGAGGCACCAUGCACUACCAAAGGCUCAAUUGUUUGUAUAAAAAAUAUUUGGUAGAUCCAACGGUUGUGAUGAACUUGACACUGUUUGAACGGGAAAAAAAAUGAUCCAACGGCUGAAAUUUAAAUCCAACGGUUGAAAUAAUUUAUUUUAUUUUUCUAUUAUUUUUAAUUGAUAUUUUGCUCGAAAAUCCUAUAUAAACACCUCAUUCCUUCUUAUUUUAAUCACACAUCUUCCAUAUCUCUCAUUCUUCAUCAUAUUUUUUCACUACAAUUUUGUUAUGUCUUCCUCAAAAAGGGGUGUUAAUUGGAAUGCUAAAGAGGAUGUUGUUCUAUGUAAUGCUUGGGUCACCAUAUCUGAAGAUGGUGCCAUUGGAAUAAAUCAACCGGGGGAGACUUUCUGGGGCCGAAUUCACGAGAUAUUUUCGGCACAAAGUCAAAUUCCUCGAACUCGAGAUGCAAUUGAGUCUCGUUUCAAGAUCAUCAAUAAUCAAUGUUCUCAAUGGAAAGGUUGUGUGCGGAAAGCGAACGCAACUCCGAGGAGUGGGUCAAACCUAGACGAUUUGAACUUUCAAGCCAAAGACAUUUUCAUGAAUGAUAACAAUGGCAAGACAUUCAAAUUUGAGCAUGCGUGGCGUGUCCUCCAAGUGUGUCCGAAGUGGUACCAACAAUACGAAGCUCCGGUAUCCUUCUCCCGGCCAAUAUCGUCUCCACAAUCGCACGAUUCGCCCACACUCGGAGGUAGUGCUAGCUCUCCCUCGGAUGGAGAGCCACUUCAACGUCCCGAAGGUCGGGACAAGCAAAAGGCCAAAAGAAGUGGAAAAGCAAAGGUGUCUAAGUUAGAUCCAAUGAUGACGCAAUGUUUACAAGAAAUGAUUGAGCAAGGCAGAGAACAAGCUUCAAGAAGAGCUAAGCGUGAUGAGCUUCAACACAAAGCCGUAGAGUCGGAGAUUACGAGAAACCAGUAUGACUUACUAGCUGCGGACCUUUCAAAGUUUUCACCGAGGAAGCAAAGGUGGAUUAAGCAAAAACAAGAUGAAAUAAUGGGGUAUUCUCAAAAUUCCUCAAGUGAUGUUCCCGACACUCCUGCAGAAGAAGUGUACCGUCCCCACUUUGAUUUCUAGUUAUUAUGUUUUGUUGUUUUUAUUUUGUAUUGUGUUGUAAGUUGAAUUUCACAUAUGUUUCACUUUUAAAUUCCAUGUUUUGUUAUUUUAAUUUAUUCAA